AUGUGGGCUCUCCGCUCGCUGCUGCGGGCCGCGGCUGGGCGCACCAUGUCUCAGGGGCCUGCCCGCCGCCAGCGGCCGCCCAAGGACCCGCUACGGCACCUGCGCACGCGGGAGAAGCGUGGCGGAUCGUGGGAGCCCGGCGGACCGAACACUGUGUACCUGCAGGUGGUGGCUGCCGGCGGCCGGGACGCUGGCGCAGCUCUCUACGUGUUCUCCGAGUACAACCGGUAUCUCUUCAACUGUGGAGAAGGCAUUCAGCGACUUAUGCAGGAGCACAAACUGAAGGUUGCUCGUUUGGAUAACAUAUUCCUGACCCGAAUGCACUGGUAUAAUGUUGGGGGGUUGUGUGGAAUGAUUCUCACUUUGAAGGAAACUGGGCUUCCAAAGUGUGUACUUUCUGGACCUCCACAACUGGAAAAAUAUCUUGAAGCUAUCAAAAUAUUCUCUGGCCCCUUGAAAGGAAUAGACCUGGCUGUGCGACCCCACUCUGCGCCAGAAUACAAAGAUGAAACCAUGACAGUUUUCCAGAUUCCCAUAUACAGUGAACAGACUUGUAGAGACCACCAGCCAGCCCAGACACUGGAAAGACCUCCCAGCAGGCUCAGUCCAAAACAGUUGUCAGACUCUGGAUCAACUGAAAGUAAGCAUUACUUUCCAGAUGGUGUUAGCCAGAAAAUGGAUGGCAGGGACCCUUCCUUGGUAGUAGCUUUUGUCUGUAAGCUUCACUUGAAGAAAGGAAACUUCUUGGUGCUCAAAGCAAAGGAUCUGGGCCUCCCAGUGGGGACCGCUGCCAUUGCUCCUAUCAUUGCUGCUGUGAAGGACGGGAAGAGUGUUAAUUAUGAAGGAAGAGAGAUACUGCCUGAAGAGAUCUGUACUCCUCCAGAUCCCGGUCUGGCUUUUGUUGUGAUAGAAUGUCCGGAUGAAGGGUUCAUACAACCCAUCUAUGAAAAUGCUGCCUUCAGGAGGUACCAAGGGAAUGCCGAUGCCCCUGUGGCCCUGGUGGUUCACAUGGUCCCAGAAUCUGUGCUUUUGGACUGUAGAUAUCAGCAGUGGAUGGAGAGGUUUGGGCCUGACACUCAGCACUUGAUCCUGAAUGAGAACUGUUCAUCCGUUCACAAUCUCCGUAGUCAGAAGAUUCAGACACAGCUCAACCUCAUCCACCCAGACAUCUUCCCCCCACUUGCUGACCUCAGCUGUCAGGGAAAAGGUGCUGCCUUCUGUGUGCCCACCAUGCGGGGUGAAUGCCUGCUCAAGUACCAGCUCCGUCCCAGGAGGGAGUGGCAGCGGGAUGCAGUACUUACUUGUAAUCCUGAUGAAUUCAUAGCCGAGGCCCUGGAGCUCCCCAAUUUCCAGGAGAGCGUGCAGGAAUACAAGAAGAGUGUACAAGAUGGGCCUGCCCCAGCAGAGAAAAGAAGCCAGUAUCCAGAAAUAGUCUUCCUUGGAACAGGGUCUGCUAUCCCAAUGAAGAUCCGAAACGUCAGCUCCACACUUGUCAACAUAAGCCCUGACCAGUCUCUGCUACUGGACUGUGGUGAAGGCACGUUUGGGCAGUUGUGCCGUCACUAUGGUGAUGAAGUGGACAGGGUCCUGGGCUCAUUGGCUGCUGUGUUUGUGUCCCACCUGCAUGCAGACCACCACACGGGCUUAUUAAAUAUCCUUCUGCAGCGAGAACGAGCUUUGGCAUCACUAGGAAAGCCAUUGUACCCUUUGUUGGUGGUUGCCCCCACCCAGCUCAGGGUCUGGCUCCAGCAGUACCAUGACAAGUGCCAGGAGAUUUUACAUCAUGUCAAUUUGAUUCCUGCCAAAUGCCUUCAGAAGGGGGCUGAGGUCUCCAAUCCCCUCAUUGAAAAACUCAUCAGCUCACUGUUGGGAAUGUGUGAUUUGGAAGAGUUCCAGACCUGCCUGGUUCGGCACUGCAAGCAUGCAUUUGGCUGUGCACUGGUGCACACAUCUGGCUGGAAAGUGGUCUAUUCAGGGGACACUAUGCCCUGUGAUGCUCUGAUCCAGAUGGGGAAAGAUGCCACCCUUCUCAUACAUGAGGCCACUUUGGAAGAUGGUUUAGAAGAGGAAGCGGUGGAAAAGACACACAGCACGACUUCUCAAGCUAUUGGUGUGGGAAUGCAGAUGAAUGCUGAAUUUGUCAUGCUGAACCACUUCAGUCAGCGUUAUGCCAAGAUACCCCUCUUCAGUCCUGACUUUAAUGAGAAAGUUGGAAUUGCUUUUGACCACAUGAAGGUCUGCCAUGGAGACUUUCCUACGGUGCCCAAGCUGAUCCCCCCACUUAAAGCCCUAUUUGCUGGUGACCUUGAGGAGAUGGAGGAACGCAGGGAGAAGCGGGAGCUGCGGCUGGUAAGGGCGGCCCUGCUCUCUGGAGAAACUUCGCAUAAGAGGGCAUCUGGGGAUCAGCCUCCAAGUCCAAAGAGCAAGAAGGCCAGGGCCAAGUGA